AUGGAAACCAAUGGGUUAUCUAUCAAGAGUCAGGAAACCGGGUCAAAAAGAAAGUGGGAGACUAAUGCAGACCUCAGCCGCCGCUUUUGCACUAGCCAACAUGAAAGUCCAUGGGAAGGCGGUGCAGCGAAGCACAUCACAUGCCAUUCCUCUGAGUACCAAGGCCAGUCUUCGCAAGAGUGUCCACCAUGGAAUUAUGGUUCGCUCACUACCUUGCCAGGGAAGCAAAAAGAUUUCCGCUUUUGCAGUAACCAACAUAAAAGUCCAUGGGAAGGCGGCACAACAGAGCACAUCGCAUGGCAUUCCUCUUGGUACCGAGGCCACUCUUCACAAGAGUGGCCUACACGGAAUGGUGCUUCACUCACCCCCUCGCUAGGGAGGCAAAAUGAUUUCCGCUUUUGCAGUAACCAACAUACAAGUCCAUGGGAAGGCGGCACAACAGAGCACAUCGCAUGCCAUCCCUCUUGGUACCAAGGCCACUCUUCACAAGAGUGGCCUACACGGAAUGGUGGUUCACUCACCCCCUCACCAGAGAGGAAUGAUUUCCAUGUUUCAGGAGGUCAGUUCUUUCUGACAUUCAACCCAUACGAACAAGAUGUAGAAAGUAGGUACCUUCAGGACAAAAAGAACGGGGUAAUCACUUGUUUGGUCUGUGGCAAGGAAGGACAUUACAGUAGUAAGUGCCGUUUCAAGGAUCAAGAGCACAGAAUCAUUUGCACAGUCUGUGGCAAAAAUGGCCACUGUAGCAUGUGGUGUUGCCAGCAGAACAAGUCGGAGAAUCGAGCUUGCACCCGCUGUGGAGAGAUAGGGCAUAGUACCAGUACACAUGGUCUCAGUUGCUCAAGCUGCGACGAGCAUCAUGACGAUGGAGAGUGCCGAUUGAGCGAAGUUAAAUGCUUUAUUUGUGAAUGUCAGGAUCAUUAUCUUGCUCAGUGCCCCUUGAAUUCAGUAUUGACUGAGGCAGUUAAGGGUCAGAGAGACAACUUCCAAGCUGCUCUGCGGCUUGCACUAUCAAAACAAGGCAACCCAUCAUCUACACCUGCCAAGUGUUCUGCAAAAUCAGAAGGAAAAGUACUGACCGCCAACAACUCUAGUCCAAUAGUCACCGCAUACAACGCAAGCACAACAAUAUGCUUUACAUGCCGUGAAGAAGGCCACUAUGCCCGUAUGUGUCCGCAGAGGUUCGGAGCUAUAUCUGGCAACACGUCAAAAGAACUAGAAGAGAGCAGCACUAUACCUACAUCCUCAAACAUGUCCAAAGUAUUGGAAGAACAGGACCCUGGUACUGCUAAACAGUCCAUCAGAAAUGAAGCCGGCAUCAGUUGUUCGAUGUGUUAG